ACUUUCUUUUCCGUCACCGCUUUUUCUCUACAUCUCUGCCUCUCUCUAUCCUCUUCUGCUUCGAACCCUAGGCAAAAAAUUAGGGCUUUUUUCUGCUUGCGAAUUUCAAGGGUUUUCCAUUUGAGAAUUCCUCGAAACAGUGAAAUUCUUUGCUAAAAGGUUCGUUUUUGGAAUAUUAUGGAGUUUGGAGGCGCUCGGAAAAGAGGAAGGCCCGACGGCGGCGCAGCCACCAACGGCAAUGGCGGCAUUAAGAAAUCGAAACAAGAAACGGAGUCCUUUUCAUCCGGUAUAGGAAGCAAAUCGAAGCCAUGCACAAAGUUUUUCAGCACCUCGGGGUGUCAAUUUGGUGAAGGAUGCCACUUCUUGCAUUACGUACCUGGUGGCAUUAAAGCUGUGACACAAAUCCUUGGCAGCAAUCCAGCUCUUCCAGCAGCUUCCAGAAAUCCUGUGGUCCCACCAUCAUUUCCAGAUGGAUCAUCUCCUCCAGCUGUUAAAACUCGUCUCUGCAACAAAUACAACACAGCUGAAGGGUGUAAAUUUGGAGAUAAAUGCCAUUUUGCCCAUGGUGCGUGGGAGCUCGGCAAGCCUACUGCUCCUGUACAUGAAGAUCCUCGUGCUACAGGACCACACCCUGGUAGGUUUGGUGGCAGAAUGGAGUCAACCCCUCCGGACUUUGGAGCUGCAGGGAGCUUUGGAGCCUCUGCUACAGCUAAGAUAAGUGUGGAUGCCUCUCUUGCUGGAGCAAUUAUUGGGAAAGGUGGUGUGAAUUCAAAACACAUUUGUCGCACUACGGGGGCAAAACUUGCCAUAAGGGACCAUGAUUCAGACCCUAACUCGAAGAACAUUGAGCUGGAGGGUACAUUCGAUCAGAUAAAGCUGGCAACUCAGAUGGUGCGCGAGCUUAUUGCCAAUGUAAGUUCAGCUGCACGGCCUCCUCUGAAAAACCAUGGGGGCCCUAAAGGCUCAGCUGCUGCUAGCAACUUCAAAACCAAACUCUGUGAGAACUUUGCCAAGGGAUCUUGUACUUUUGGGGAUAGGUGUCACUUUGCACAUGGAGAAGAAGAAUUGCGAUCAUCUGGGAUAUGAAUAUAAAUUCUGUAAUUCCCCCCGUGCCAGCCUUUGGGGGCAAUCUUGCUAUCAUGGGGACGAAGAUGUUGCUUCCUAGCUUUGAGUUUUGUGUAUUCAGAUUUAGAUGAUAUGAGAGUUACUCUGGCUUUUUUGACUUCUUCUAGUUUAGACAUUUUUCGUAACUUUUUGUCUGGUUUCAUGGUUGCAUAUUGUCAUGGUUUCUGAACCUUUAGUAGUGCAUAUUGUGGAGCAAUUCACCUGUUAAAUUCUCCAGGUUUUAACUUCUUGGUGACCAGUGGUUUGUUUU